AUGCGAGACUCUGGUCUCCAACGCACUACAUAUGGUGGUCAGGAGGCUUCCAUCUUGCACCCGCCGCGCCUCCCUAAGCAAGAACAGCGGAGGCAUGUCCUCUUCGCCGAAGGUGACCGGGUCUGCGUUGUGCGAGGACGGGACCAGGGAAAGAUCAAUGUGAUUCAGCAGGUCAACCGGGACAGUGAGACUGUCCUUAUCAAGGAUAUCAACAUGGCCGACGUCAUCAUUCCUGAAUGGGCCAAAGACAGAAUGGGACACGCAGGUGAUACCCAACCGCAGCCUUUCCCCGUCUCCUUCGACGACAUCCGACACGUCAUUCCGCUUGAAGACACAAAGACUGGAAAACUGCAGAAUGUCAUUGUCCAGCACGCUUAUGCCGCUGGGCCGUACCACGACCGAGGCGAACACAGCAAGCUCCCAAAAUACACUCGCUAUGUCUCCGGCUUGGACAUCGAAAUCCCUUGGCCAUUGGAGGACGAGCCUGUCAUCACCGACGGCGACAUGGACACAACACGAAUGGCGGUUGAGGUCAGCACAUUCUCACCCACACUAGAACAGCCACCUAUGCCAACAACCGUCAUUGAUGAGCUGCGCAACAAAUACUCCAGAUUCCGCACUCGACACGAUCCGGAAUACCUGAGAGAGAAGAUGAGGGAGGACUACCGCAAGGAAUACAGAAACACUGUCUCCAUGAUGACACCGCAGACAGAUGCCAAAAACAUGCGGAUUGCUCGACUUGCGGAAGCGAGGAAGGCGAACUUUGAUGCCGAAGGGAAUGGGAUAUUGUCAGCGGAUGCCAUCAACUUCAUUAACAACCACCUCCAAAACGCCACAAAGACCAAGAAGUCAAAAUCCAAGCAGGCUGCUUGA